UUGAAGAAUUAAUACGGAUAUUAAGAAAAGUAAUAGAGGAACUUCGUGGAGAAGCCGUGUUACAAGCGGGAGUUCCAUGUCGUAUUACAAAGCCUGUUCCACUUCUAAUAACCAAGGUUCGACAAAUAUUAGAUGACGAAUGGGAGCUACAUAGAAACCAACGUGAGGACUUGCGAAGUAUGUACAGAACGAAAGGUUCUAUACAGAUUGGGGAACUGUUUGAUGUCGCAAAACAACUGGCACAUCAAGAAGCAGACAAGAAGUGUAAUACACCUGAAGCCAAGGCCAUGCAUGUAGCAAGAUAUAGUAAGAUUAUUUGGGUGGUUGGACUACCCGGGGUCGGUAAGAGCACUCUUUUAAUGCAGAUAAUCAACUGUAUUGACGUCGAUAAAUCGGUGAAACCAGAUACACAGUUUUUGUUCCACGUCCCACUGAAGAAUUUUAACCCAAAGAAAAAAGUUCUUUGUUAGAAUUUCUUCUGUAUGGCAACUUGAGUGAGUGGAAUCGUUCUGAUAAAGAGAACAAAGCGUUGGUUCAUUUCCUGCACAACAAUCCGAAUGUUGUUAUUUUAAUUGAUGGAUGGGAUGAACUGUAUACAAAACAAGCCAACAAAAGGUUUCAUGCAUGCAAGCUGGAUAGAAAGCAAUUGCCAGAGGUCUUUGUCAAGAGCUUGUUGUUAGGCAAUCUUCUACCUAAUGCUAUGAAAGUUAUCACAUCAAGACCAGGUCAGUUUUAUGAGCUUCACCCUGAUUAUCGAUAAGGUUUGGUUUCUGAGGUGCGUGGUAUUAAUAAACUUGCAAAAAAAGAUCUUACCAAACAGAUAUGUGGUGAAGCCAAUCUUGAAAAUGUAGAGAAACUAUUAGAAGAGCGUCCAAACUUGGAUGAUUUGUGUUCAAUUCCAGUCCAUUGUAUUCAGAUUGUAGCUUGUCUCCAUUCAAGCCUGUUAUCGGAUCGUAAGAUCACAUCAAUAACUGAUGUGUUCAUUCAUGCUCUUACCAACUACUGGGCUUCAGAUCAUAUAAGAACAAACUUGUCAGAAAUAAAACUUGGUCAAGAACUAGUUAAACUUGCUCACCUUGCAUACAAAGGGCUUGCUGAAAGAAAAUUAGUGUUUUACAAGAACGACUUCCGAAAGGUGGGAAUCAAUAAACAAACGGUCGAUAUAUUUCUGCACACUUAUGUUGAAAAAUCGCAUCAUUUAAAAAUGAGAAUCUUGAAGGGAAAGAAACGAAUUUCCUUCACCCAUCUCACAUGGCAAGAGUUUUACGCCGCAGUGCAUUUGAUGUUGUUCAUGCCACAAGAAGAAUUUCGCAGAUGUAUGAACACUUUCAAAGAUCCACAUUGGGAAGUCGUAACACGAUUUUUAUUUGGUAUUUGUAACUCAACUUCAUAUAAAGAUUUGGAAGUGAUUUUUCCAGCUUGGAUGAUUAAAGAUUACAAAGAUAAGAAGGAUAUUCUCAAGUCUUUAAUUGCACUUGAAAGUGAACAUUAUAUGGACAAAGAUGUGAUCAGAAUGUCAGGUUGGGUGCAUGAAGCCAACGAUUCAGAAAUAUACCAAAAGUUUGAAGAGCGCAUGCCACAGCUUAUUAGGAUGAAGGCUCCUAGUAAUCGAACAGAAAUUGCUGAAGUUGCGUUCGCAUUCAACACCUUCACAACUCCUCGUGAACUGAACCUUUCCAAGUGUGGUUCAGAUGAAGCUUCAUUUGUAGCUUUCCUUCGAGGAUUGCGUGUCAGUCAGAUCACACGAUUAAAUAUCGAAAAUGUACGGAUGACAGAUUCAACGACACAAGCCCUUCUUCCUCAUCUUGGUGUACUAGAUCAGCUUGACUUGGAUGAGAGGAAACUUGCCGCACGAAAUCGUAUCAUCUUACAUGAAGCUGUUGAACGACUAACAAACCCAAAAGGUUUGAAAGUAAAUGACAUGAGUGGUGAUCGUUGGUCAAAGUAUUGGAAAGUGUUUAAAGAUCAACCAGAUGAUGAUGUAAUGCAAAUCUUACAACUUCUACCUGGAAAAAUUAAAAUAUUAAAUAUCAAAGAAGGGUGGAUGACAGAUUCAACGACACAAGCCAUUCUUUCUCAUCUUGAUGUGAUGGAUAAACUAACUUUGAGUGAGGAGAACAUUUCUGCACAAAAUUGCAUCACCUUACAUGAAGCUGUUAAACGAUUAACAAACCCACAAGGAUUAAAAGUGAAUCGCAUCAAUGGUGAUCAAUGGUCAAAGUAUUGGGAAGUGUAUAAAGAUCAACCAGAUGAUGAUGUAAUGCGAAUCUUACAACUUCCACCUGGAAAAAUCAAAGGAUUAAAUAUCUGGGGUGUGCGGAUGACAGAUUCAAUGACACAAGCCCUUCUUCCUCAUCUUGAUGUGAUGGAUAAGCUUGGUUUGGUAUAUAGGUUCUAUGACAUGAACCUGAACCUCUACAUGGAAGAUAUAUCCAGGAAAAUAAUGGAUAGGCAACACAAAAUACAAAUAUGGGUGGAGGAUUAUGCAGUCGAACAUGUGAGACCGUUGUUCCAAUGUCUUGAUAAAAUAUCAAAACUAUGUCUUGAAUGGAGAUAUUUGUCAUGGGGAGAUUGGUGUUUACUGAAAGAAGCAAUGCAACGAUUACAUUCUCCACAGGAUUUUGUAUUGGAGGCGAACGCUAAUACGAGUGAGGACGAAUAUGAGUAUAAGGAAGCAUAUUUUGCUUUGCGUAUAAAAUUUUGGCAACAGUGACUUGAUCUUUACAUUUUCAUCCUAUUUUCUUACAACAUUGUAUUUAAAGACAAAUGUUCAGAAUGUUGUGGGUCCAACAGUUCUUCCAAUUUCACUCAUUCCUUCCAUAAAGUAACAAACUUCACUGUGCAGCAUAUUUGUUUAUACCAACAUAAGAUAUCAACGCACAUCUAUGAUAGAAAACCAUGAAACAUCAUGUGUGCAACAAAAUAUGUGUCUAAUUAUCAAUGUGCACAUGAACAUUCCAUUCACCCCUCUGCAUUCACUCUUGCAAAAUGUAUUCACCCAGUUAAGAAUACUGUUGUAUAUUAAGAUCAUAGUGACCACUAAGUUGUUCAUUGAGUUUUAAAACUGAUGGAGGAAAGGAUUUAAUUUUAUCCCCCCUUGAUUUAAUGUUUAACGAUCCAUUGUUUUAUUUGAUGAUGUCAUGAUGUCCAUUAUCCCACAUGAUUAUGUAUCAACAAUUGCAUUGUUAAUUUGCGCUCUCUCUCUCUUGUUUAUUGCCACGUUACUCAGUUUCCUUGUUGCCAGUUGUACUGUAGUUAAGUUAGUGUAUGCGUUUCGUUUGGCUUUAACUGCAUUAAAAAUUGUUUUUAUGCAGGUUACUAUUAAAGUGUCUAAGUUCAAUUAAGCCUUAUUUAAUAAAUCAACAACCGAUCGUUUCAUUUACUCCCGCUAAAGUUCAAUUAUUUCGUUAAUGUUUUG